ACGUCCCACCAACCACCCACAAACCAAACUAUUGGGUAGUAAUAUUUAAUUCGGUGUUACCCGUCUUCUGUGUCUCACUAACUGCAUUUAACAAGACAAAGGGUAACGUAAAAUAGUGCUGUACCUAUACCUGGUGUUUUAUUCGCGAAGUUCGCCGCCGAAGUUGGGUGUUGUCAUUUGUCUGCGCGUCUGCAAAUAGUGAGAAUCGAUAGCUUCUCGAAGUUUUUUGCUCUAUACGUGUUAUUUAAAAGCCUAACCAUUGAGCGUCAAAAGUCCUUCGACAUGGCCGAGCUCAAGUCGGAGCUCGACAGUGACGCCGAUCAACACUACUCCCUGGGUAGCAAUGCUGAUCCCAAGAAUAUGCAGGAACUGACGAUCUACGUCCAAAGCUUACUUCAAAAUGUACAGGACAAGUUCCAGACGAUGUCGGAUCAGAUAAUUUCCCGCAUCGAUGAUAUGGGUAAUAGGAUAGACGAUCUGGAAAAGAGCAUUGGUGAUUUGAUGCAACAAGCCGGUGUUGAAGGUGCCGAAAAGUAAUGAAUUCGCACGACAGCUAAUGGCUGCAGCAUGUAAGCAUUUUCGUAUAGUUAUUUUAUUUUUUUCUGGUGAAACAUUCCAGAAAUACCUAAUCAUUGAUUAUAUUUAGUUCUAAGAUGCUUCUGGGGUUACGAUUCUCAAAAAUUGCCUAAAAUCAUAUUGAACAAACCAAAUACAUGCACCGAAAGGAAUUCUUAGUCGGCAUAACCAGUCGAAACGAAUCGAUGCGAAAACAGCUGUAUCGAUUUAACAUCCGCAUUUUUAUUACAUUUUUAACGACACUGGUAUAAAUGAAGUAAACGUAAAAAUCAAAUACAACAGAUCAGGCUAUCCUAUCAGG